AAACUUGAUCUGCCGUACUUUGAGGAGAGGUUGCACCGAUUGAUGACGAAUUUGUCUGUUUAGACAACAUUUCAGAAGCCCCAGCGUCGGCAGACACGUAGAUGAGAUAAUCAAGGAUUUGUAUUUACCCCCCAACUGGAGAUCUAGCCUCUGGUUUGGACGGAAAACUACCAUGGCAGAGGAGACCCCUUCCAGUGUCCAGGGAUCAACCAGUAAGCCAUCCAUGGUGGGGAUGGAGGACAGUGCCAGUUUGUACCUCACUGCCUCACAGGGAUCGACCAUUAACCCAUUCGAGGUGGGGGUGGAGGACAGACUGCACCUCACGGCCCUCAGUCCCUCUGUGUUUGACAAGGUGGAGUCAACCCCCUCCUCAGGAAGCACGGAGUUCCGCUGGUCCAUUGACCAGAUGGCCAUCCUGCACCCAGCUGACAUCCCCAUGGAGGAGGUGUCCAGGCAACACGACACGCUGCAUCUCACCCAUGACAGAGAUGUGGAGGAGAAGGCCCAGCGUGCCAUCAACCAGUUCUUCUCCCAGUCUGUCGUUGUGCCGUCACCAUGGACACAGUCAUCACCACGUAGGAAAACUAACAGGGUGACAACACAGCAGGGUGUGGCAGAAGGUGCUGAUCAAGAGUCAUCCUUCAUAGAGACAAGAGCAAAGGAAGGGACAGCACAUGCUUCCUGCCAGACAUUACUGACACUACCUCCAGACUUCAACUUGGAAGCCCUUCUUGGUCCGGAGUAUUUCUCCACCCCCCAGCCUGUCCCAGAGGACCAGGAGCAGGAGGUACUCAGCACAUCGUCCCUCCGAAGGAAGCUGUUUUUCCAGGGCGACCUGUCCACCCCCUUCAGUCCCGUCAAGUCGAGCAGUCCAAAGUGUAAGAAAGGUGGUGGCCAGUCCAUGGACUCCCCGCCCCUCUCACCUGUCAACCGUGCUGCGUCCACCUGCCCACCACAUGUCAGGAGCAGCCCGCUGCUCAAGACACCCAGCUCUGGCUCCCAGUUCUCUUCAAGUCCCAUCAUCCUUAGCAAGAUGACACCCAGCAACAGACUGACAACCACACCCAAACCCAGCCGCUCAUCAAUCAUACCCGUUUCCAUGGGAACGCCUGCCAUCUCUCCCAUCGGGAAGUCAAUCUUCAGGACACCCAGCUCCAGUGACCGUGAUGUCAGUGUGUUCACCAUCCCCCCUACCCCCUCCUGCAGGAGAAUAAAGGGCACCCCCUCCCCCUGUAGUCACGCCAGGCUCAGUGCCAUGACUACCCCAAACCUGUCCCCUAUUGGAGCUGUCCAACGGCACUGCAGACCUCCCUUCAACAGGAACAACUCCUCCGCCUCCACCAGUCCGCGGGAGAGCACGGCCAGACGGGGCAGCCAUGUCCUGUCCCUCAGCUUUGCAGAUGAGGACAAGCCUCAAUGUGAAGCUACUGAGCCCAACUGUCAGCCUGCUGUGAUUGGUUGCCCAGAGGUACAUCAUGCCCACCAACCGCUGAGUUCACCCGAGUCGCAAUCUAAUAUGGAACACAGUUGCCAUGGUGACACCACUGAGGAGGAACUGUUAGCCAAUGGGAUUCUAGAAACAGUCAGCGACGGAGGAUUCUGUGGAGAGAGAGCCACUCGGAAGUACCCAGAUCACUACUACUGCGAUUUCAACAUCGUUCCCCCGGGGUCAGAGGUUAAUCACGACUGCAGCCAAAUGCAAGUGGACAGCGGAAUCAACUGUCAGACCAGCUCGUCAAUGGAGGUGGAAGGGGCGGAGAUGGAAAAAGAAAACCUACGCAACGUUUCAAGGAGACUCCUUACUGCAGCAAAGUGUCAGCUGGAGAGCGUGCCAGAAAAUGUGUCUAUGGAGGUCAUGGACGAGGACAAAAUGGCCGACAUGGGGAAGGACAGUCAAGGUCAAACAAACUGUGACUCGGGAACAGGAGUGUUCCACAGAAAACAGCCACUGGUGGAAUCCAAUAAUGCACAAGAAGACUUUCACAAUAGGUAGAAAGGCAUGGUGCUUUUGUCAUUAUAGCUUCUAAAUGUGACAUAUGAUUAUGAAAGGUCUAAACUUCCUGAUGAAAUAAUUCAAAUGAAACUGGGGAGAAAGAAAAAAAGGGAAAUCAAGAGCGUCAGGACUUUUAGGGAUAAAAUGAUAAUAGUUUUAGAGGAGACUUCAUCAUCGUUUUAUCUAAUUGUCAAUCAAAGAUACACUGUGUGCAAAGAGUCCAAAGCCAAAGAAAAUUUUAUCGUGGCUUAAGAUAAUGUAAAUUUCAGCAAAUGCCAAGGAGAGAAUCAUGUUUGUUGUUCAGUCUUUAUGGAUACUGGUAUUGGAAAUGCAUACAGAUGCUAUCAUGGGAUGAUUCAAAGUUAUCCUCGGAUGAGCGACAACUGACCUUUUCACUAAUUAGUUUAUGUUACUAAUUACGGUAGUUAUCACUUAUCAGCUUCAUUACUACUGUACAAUGACUGGGUUUUUCAAGUGCAGCUAUGAUGCAAUAUAUUGAUAGGCUUUACAAAUUGUUAUGUUUUUUACUGUACAUGUAGCGUAUUAGAUAUCUUUUCCA